AUGGGUAUCACAAAGACUUUGGAUCGCGCAAAAGCAGCAGUGUGGUGGCCAGGAAUGAGUUCUCAAUUGAAAGAGACCGUGGAGAACUGCACAGUUUGCAGCAAAGAGCGCAGCAAUGGAGCUGAACCUCUCAUUCCAACACCUUUGCCAAGUCGUCCCGGGCAAUAUGUCGGAACUGAUCUCUUCGAAUGGAAGGGACAUUCGUAUCUUCUCGUUGUAGACUAUAUGUCAAGGUAUCCAGAAAUAGUGAGACCAUCAGAUGCGACAUCAAAUAUUGUGAUUGAACACAUGAAAUCGUUCUUUUCCCGACACGGAAUUCCCGAAGAAGUUCGAUCAGACAAUGGGCCUCAGUAUUCUUCUGCCGCAGUUGCAAAAUUCGCAAGCAAAUACAAAUUUUCGCAUAUUACUAGCAGUCCGCUACACCCUCAGAGUAAUGGAGAGGCUGAGCGAAAGGGCAGAACUGUGAAGAGUCUUCUCUAG